GCCGGAUCCGGGAAAGUCGAGGUCUGGCCGCGUCCGGGUGCUGCAGGGCAGCGGCGGAGAGGACGCAGGCCUAUAUUCGGGGGUGGCCGACAUGACGUCCCCGGGCCACGGCCCCCUUGUGCCGCUGUUGGAGACUUUGGAAGACCCUUCCGCCUCCCAUGGAGAGCAGACCGACGCUUACCUGACUCUGACCAGUCGUAUGACUGGAGAAGAUGGAAAAGAAAUCAUUAUAGAAAUUGAGAAGAAACUUCCUCAGCUAUUCAGAGUUUUAAAGACUCACAUUGCCAGUCAAAACUCAGAGCUCAGUAGUGCUGCUCUGCAGGCCUUGGGAUUUUGCUUAUAUAAUCCAAAAAUUACCUCUGGAUUAUCAGAGACAAAUAUUCAAGAACUGCUUUCAAAACUGAAUGAUGUUGUUAAGAAUUCAGAUAAAAAUGUGCGUACUAGGGCACUUUGGGUGAUAUCCAAACAGACGUUUUCCACUGAAGUUGUUGGCAAAGUAGUAUCUAGUAUAAUUGAUUCAUUAGAAAUAGUCUUUAAUAGAGGAGAGAUGCAUUCUGCUGUUGUGGAUUAUGAAGCAUUAAAUGUCAUCAUAAGGCUAAUUGAACAAGCCCCAAUUCAAAUGGGAGAAGAGUCAAUUAGAUGGGCAAAAUUGGUCAUACCUUUAGUGGUUCAUUCGGCUCAAAAGGUACAUUUGCGGGGAGCUACUGCUCUAGAGAUGGGAAUGCCGUUGUUACUUCAGAAACAACAAGAAAUAGCAUCUAUCACAGAGCAGCUUAUGACUACUAAAUUACUUUCGGAACUCCAGAAGCUAUUUAUGAGUAAAAAUGAGACUUAUGUGUUAAAAUUAUGGCCUUUGUUUGUCAAACUUCUUGGGAAGACCUUGCAUCGAAGUGGGAGUUUCAUCAAUUCUCUAUUACAGCUAGAAGAACUGGGAUUUCGUAGUGGAGCACCCAUGAUUAAAAAAAUAGCUUUUAUUGCUUGGAAGAGUUUAAUAGAUAAUUUUGCUUUAAAUCCAGAAAUACUAUGUAGUGCAAAAAGACUGAAGUUGUUAAUGCAGCCUUUGAGUUCUAUCCAUGUGAGAACAGAAACUCUAGCGCUGACAAAACUAGAAGUCUGGUGGUAUUUAUUGAUGAGACUAGGACCUCAUCUUCCUGCUAAUUUUGAACAGGUCUGUGUGCCUCUGAUUCAAAGCACAAUAAGCAUUGAUUCUAAUGCUUCACCUCAAGGCAGUUCAUCUCGUGUAGCUACUUCUCCAGCUUUAAAUCCUGCGACCCCUGUACACAAAGGUGCUUCUCCAUAUGGAGCUCCCCGGAUGAACUUGAGUUCAAAUUUUGGUGGAAUGGCCGCAAUUCCCUCUAUACAAGUUUUGGGGCUUGAAAUGUUGCUUCAUUUUUUGUUGGGUCCAGAAGUCUUGAGUUUUGCUAAGCAAAACAAACUUAUGCUGAGCUUAGAGCGACUUGAACAUCCAUUAAUCAGCAGCUCUUCUUUUUUUUCCAAACAUGCAAAUACAUUUAUCACUGCUGUUCGUGAUAGCUUUGUUGCAGUUAGAAAAGAUGCUUCUGAUGCAGUUGUCAAUGCUAUUUGGAAGGAGCUAGUUAGCUUGGUGAAGUCAGUUAUUGAAUCUGGUAACAAAAAAGAGAGACCAGGUUCUGAAAUUUUGACUCUUCUCUUAAAAUCUUUGGAAAGCAUAGUGAAGUCAGAAGUAUUUCCUGUAUUGAAAACACUAGUUCUCAUGGAAAUUACAAUUAAAGGACUUCCUCAGAAAGUAUUAGGUUCUCCAGCAUAUCAGGUUGCUAAUAUGGAUAUUCUUAAUGGAACUCCUGCUUUGUUCUUAAUUCAGUUAAUUUUCAAUAAUAAUCUAUUGGAAUGUGGUGUAGAAGAUGAAAGGUUUUUUCUCAACCUGGAAACACUUGUAGGCUGUGUUCUUUCUGGUCCAACUUCACCGCUAGCUUUCAGUGACUCUGUCUUAAAUGUUAUUAAUCAAAAUGCAAACCAGUUGGAAAACAAGGAGCAUCUUUGGAGAAUGUGGAGUAUUAUAGUCACCCCAUUAACUGAAUUGAUAAAUCAGACCAAUGAAGUGAAUCAAGGUGAUGCCUUAGAACAUAAUUUUAGUGCCAUCUAUUGUGCACUGACUUUACCAAUAAACCAUAUUUUUUCAGCACAAAAAAUUCCAGCGGCCACCAUGAAGACCUUACUUAAAACUUGGUCAGAAUUAUAUAGAGCAUUUGCUCGCUGUGCAGCUUUGGUGGCAACUGCAGAGGAGAAUUUGUGCUGUGAGGAACUUUCUUCAAAGAUAAUGUCCAGUUUGGAAGAUGAAGGCCUUUCAAAUUUAUUGUUCUUGGAUAGGAUCACUCAUAUUAUUACUGUAAUGGUUGAUUGCAUCGACUUUUCACCAUAUAAUAUUAAGUAUCAGCCCAAAAUUAAAUCACCACAGAGACCUUCAGAUUGGUCCAAAAAGAAGAAGGAGCCCUUGGAGAAAUUGGCUUCUUUAUUUAAACUUAUUGUGAGAGUGAUCUAUUCUUUCCACACUCUGAGUCUCAAGGAAGUACAUUCUGAUACUCUCCUCGCUAUUGGCAACUCAAUCACCAGCAUUCUUUCCAAUGUACUUGGACAUAUUUCUUUGCCUUCUAUGAUCCGAAAAAUAUUUGCAACUUUAACAAGACCUCUGGCAUUAUUUUACGAAAACUCAAAGUUUGAUGAAGUUCCUAAAGUGUAUAGUUGUAUGAACAACAAGUUAGAAAAGCUACUAGGAGAAAUUAUUGCUUGUCUACACGUCAGCUACACUGGGACUUAUGACAGUGAACUUCUUGAACAGAUCUCGCCGUUAUUAUGCAUAGUAUUUUCACACAAGAAUAAACAGAUUAGAAAACAAAGUGCUCAGUUCUGGAAUGCCACAUUUGCUAAAGUGACGAUGUUGAUUUAUCCUGAGGAGUUAAAACCAGUACUAAAACAAGCCAAACAAAAAUCUCUGCUUCUGUUGCCUGGUUUGGAAAAUGUUGAAAUUAUUGAGGAAUACAGUGGACCAUAUUCAGAUACAACAGACAAUUCACAGUUAAAUAUGAAGAUAAGUGGCAUGGAAAGAACCUCAAGUGGAAAAAGAGAUUCUUUUUUGGCAAAAACAAAGGAUGCAAAAGACAAUAUGAAACCACCAGCUAAAUUGAAACUAGAGUCUUCAACUCCAAAAGCAAAGAGUGAAAUGCCUUUGGAAGAAGAAAAGUCUACUGACUUUGUGUUUAUACCUCCAGAAGGAAAAGAAACAAAGGAAAGAAUACUCACUGAACACCAGAAAGAAGUACUCAAAACAAAGAGGUGUGAUAUUCCUGCCAUGUAUAAUAAUCUGGAUGUUUCACAAGAUACUUUAUUUUCUCAGUAUGGUCAGGAAGAGUCUGUGGAAAUUCCUACUUUAACUGAAAAAUCCAAGGAAGAUUCCAAGAUGAUAUUUAAGGAGGAACAUAAGGAGAGUGACGUUGUCAUUCCUCAACAUGUCUUGGAAAACUGUGGUAUGGAUGAACACCUUGAAAAGGCUUCCCUUUCGAAUAAUGAGUGUGGUUCUGUUGAGGAAACCAAUCCAGAAAUACUGAGCAGUAAUGAUUCCAGAAAAAAGGCUCUAAUUGUAUCAAAGAAGACGCCAACUGAAUGUGCAUCUAGUACAGAAAAUACAUUUGGUGUCAGCAGUAGCUCAGUUUCUAAUGCCACUGUUUCUGGAACAACUCCCCCACAGCCUACAAGUCGAAGGCAGUCCUUUAUUACUUUGGAGAAGUUUGAUGGCUCAGAAAAUAGACCCUUUAGUCCAUCCCCUUUGAAUAAUAUGUCAUCAGCUGUUAUAGUGAAAAAUAACCAGGAAGGCACGGCUAAAACAGAUAAUCCACCAAAAGCAAAGAGAAGAGAAGUGGCUUCUUCAAAAUCUGACUCUGAAAAAACAGUGCAUGGGAUUAAGAGAUCAGGCCGCAGGUCCAGUAAGCCUGAACCAAUAGGGAAUAAAAAGUCUAAGCCCUUGAUGAGAUCUGAUCAGGAGAAAAGUACUCAGGAAUCUGUUGAUGGCAUGGUAGCCUUAGAAAAUAACCCACCUGGUUUGCUUAAUCAAACAGAAUGUGUAUUAGAUAAUCAGGUUCAUCUCUCUGAGUCUUCAGUGGAAUAUGAGGAUACGAUGCUUAAACCAACAAUAGAAAAUAAUAUACUACUAGAAAACAAUACUGUAGAGGAAAAAACCUUAGAAAUUAAUUUGGAAUCCAAAGAAAACACACCCCCAGCCAUAAUAACAACAGAUCAAGCAGUAAAUGAGGAUAGUCAUGUUCAGAUAACUCCAAAUCAUAAAACCCUUAGACGAUCUUUAAGGCGACGUUCAGAAACAGCAGAGCCAACCACUGAUAGCCAAGAUAAAGAAAAUAAUCAAAAAAGGGAAAGACGUAAGGAAGAAGAAAAGACUCUGCAGAGGAGUCCAUUGCAUGUAAAAGAUGAUGUUUUACCUAAGCAAAAAUUGAUUUCUGAACAAACUGUACAGGAAAAUUUAAUUGAGAAAGGAAAUAAUUUACAUGAGAAGACUUUUGGGGAAACCAGUGCUAAUGCUGAAACUGAUGAAAAUAGAAGAAAGCCAGAUCUUGAGACUACUAAAUCUGAGGGAGACGGUGCCCAGGACAUUGCAGAUAAAUCCUCUGAGAAACCAGUAAGGGGACGAACACGGUAUCAAACAAGAAGAGCAUCCCAGGGUUUACUUUCCAGCAUUGAAAACUCAGAAUCUGAUAGUUCUGAGGCAAAAGAAGAAGGUUCUAAAAAGAAAAGAUCUGGAAAAUGGAAAAACAAAAGCAGUGACAAUGUUGGCAAUGAAGAUCAAGAAGAGAAAAUGGUAAAACAGGAAUGUAUAAAGGUUGAAAGUCAGAUACAUGAUUAUAAAGGGAAUUCUGAAGUAGACAAAGAUACAAAAUCUCACAUCUGUGAAAAAGAAGAAAGUAAUACUGUAACUCUUCAAGAUUCUACAACAUCUUCAGAAUUAUUACAAGUUUCUGGUGAUGUAUCAAAUACUUACGAGGGAAAAAGUAAAACUAACAAAUGUACAGAACAUUCCUUUUCAAAUCCUUCUGUACUAGAAUCAAAUCUAAGGACUAGAAAUGCCAGUAAAAGAUUACAUAAGCGAGAUUCUCUAGAAAAUAGUGUGGGUGAAUCCUCAAAAACAGAAACAUCAGACAUUUCUUUGCUUUCUGAAAAAACUCUUCAAACACUUGAAUGCCAACACAAGAGAAGUAGGAGGGUGAGGAGAUCUAAAGGUUGUGAUUGCUGUGGAGAAAAAUCACAACCUCAGGAAAAGUCAUUCAUUGGGUUAAAGAAUACAGAGAAUUAUGAUGUAAAAAUCAGUGAAACCAAAAAGACAGAUGUGCAGACACCUGUAACUAUAUCAGAAACUUCUAAAGCUGAUCUGUACUCAGAAGUAAAACUUUUAGAUGAGCAUCAUAGUGUGAAUUUUCAUUUGGAUCUCAAGGAGGACAAUGAUACUAUUAAUGAUUCAUUAAUUAUAUCUGAAACUGAGUUGAAAGAAAAUACUAUUCAAGACUUUCUUCCUUCUGAAAUGGUAAAUUUUAAAGAAGAAACUUGUGAUAGGGAUUCUGAGGUAGCAAUAUCUCUUGAAAGCCAGGAGCCAUCUAAUAAAAAAUGUAAAACUGUUGACCCAUGUUUAGGUGACUCCAAAGAUAUUUCACUGGAAUGUUUUACUUUGGAGACCAAAGAAGAAAAGCCAGAGCCUAUCCCCAAAAAGGAAUUGAGUAUUAUAGAGAACCUUGUUAAUGUUGAAGCAAAUGAAGAAUUGAAUCCAGGAGAAGUAGAUGCUAUGGAAUUGAAUGCAGAAAAUGAUAAAUCUGAAGCUAGCUUCUCUGAACAAAAGAGUGUCAAAACUGAUAUUUCAGAGGAAGAGGUAACAGAGGAAAACAGUCAAAGAACGGAUGCACCUGAAGAACUCAGUGCCGACGAAGCAAUAACUGUGGAAUUUAAUUCAGGUAUUGGUCAUUCUGAUAAUACCACACCUGUAAAAGUGAGUGCUCAGUUAGAGAUUUCUGAACAAAUAGCAGUUGGGGAAGUAGACAGAGGAAGUGAUGAAUCUGAUCCAGGCUCAUCUGGAGAAACGAAUGUUGAAAUGGAAAAUUGUGAAGAAACAGUGAUUGGUGAGGUGACCACUGAAACUGACCGUAUCAAUGAGACAGAGGAUGAGGACUUAACUACCAAAGCCUCUAAGCCUAUAGAAGCUGAAACAAAGAGAUUGAAUGUAGAAAUCGAUAGCUUUGGUCCCAAAACACUUGAGAUGAGCACUGAAGAAGGAAAGGUUGACUCUAAUAAAACUGAAACAAAUAUUGAACCUAAUAAAUUUGAGGAAACAAAAUUAGGUGACAGUCAGAUGGUAGUGGGAAAUGAUGGAAUUUUACCGGAAGUUCACCAUACUUCAGAGAAAGUGGAGGAGACACUACAGCCUCUGACAGCUGAAACAGCUGUUUCUGAACUGGUAUCAGAAGACAAUAAUACAUCUCCUCAAAAAUUAAGAGAUCUUGAUCCUUUACUCAUGUCAGCAAAUGACAGUCCUAGUGGCAUGCAGACUCGCUGUGUUUGGUCUCCUUUGGCUUCUCCAUCCACCAGCAUUUUAAAGAGAGGACUAAAGAGACCCCAAGAAGAUGAAAUCUCAUCACCUGUUCACAAGGUUCGCCGUGUCUCCUUUGCAGAUCCUAUAUACCAGGCAGGAUUGGCAGAUGACAUUGAUAGGCGAUGCUCUAUUGUUAGGUGCCAUUCUUCAAAUAAUUCUCCCAUAGUAAAAAGUGUUAAAACUUCACCUACUGCACAAUUUAAGCAUAAUACUACUUCAGCCAAAGGAUUUCUGUCCCCAGGAUCACGUAGCCCUAAAUUUAAGAGCUCAAAGAAGUGUUUAAUUGCAGAAAUGGCUAAGGAAUCUAUGCCAUGCCCAACAGAAAGUGUUUACCCUGCUUUGGUGAACUGUGUAGCACCAGUUGACAUCAUUUUACCUCAGAUUACGUCCAACAUGUGGGCAAGAGGACUGGGACAACUCAUUAGAGCCAAGAAUAUAAAAACAAUUGGUGAUUUGAGUACUCUUACAGCAUCUGAAAUAAAAACUCUUCCUAUCCGUUCUCCAAAAGUGUCUAAUGUUAAAAAGGCUCUCAGAGUAUAUCAUGAGCAACAGGUGAAGUCUCGUGGACUAGAAGAGAUUCCAGUUUUUGAUAUUUCCGAAAAAACAGUAAAUGGAAUGGAAAAUAAAUCUAUUUCUCCUGAUGAAGAAAGACUUGCCUCAGAUUUAAUUGAUCCUGUUGCUUUAGAGACUCCGUUAUCUAAAAAUCUUGUGGCCCAGAUUAGUGCACUUGCUCUUCAACUAGAUUCAGAAGAUCUCCAUAAUUAUUCAGGAAGCCAGCUAUUUGAAAUGCAUGAGAAACUUGGUAGCAUGGCAAACUCUAUAAUUAAAAAUCUGCAGUCACGUUGGAGGUCACCAGCCCAUGAAAAUUCUAUUUAGUGUUUUACGAGAAAAUUGAAGUUUAAAAAAAAAAUCACUGGAUUUGUUGAUUCAUAAAGUAAGUUCUGAAAUAUAGCACAAUUUCCGACUGAAUGUUUGCAAAGUUGGUAACAUUUCAAACGUUGAAGGGCAGUAUCUUAUUAAGUUCAGUUUUGUAAGUGAGAUCAUUUUUUCCUGUAUAACAUGUUUUCUUGGCUGCUAUGCGUAGUUUUUCCAAAAAUUUAAAUAUCUUAUUGAAAUGUGAGAGCAAAAACUAAAUAGCAUACAUUUUAUUUCAGUUACUCGUGUAUUUUAAUGGAACAUUUUAUGUAAUAUACCUGUUCUAAGUAAGUAAACAUGAAAAUUUUUAUUUGAACUUUUUGCUGAACUGAUAAGGUAUUUAUACUUGAUUUCCUUUUUUAAAAUUUAUAUUUGUUGUGCCUGAGGUUUAAGAAAUUUGUUCUUGGUAAAACACCCCAAAUGAGACGCAAGAGAAUCUUUUGGAACGCUUUUCGCAGACAUCGAUGCUAUUUGGACAAGAAAAUACUUAUAUUUCAAGAAAAAUAUCAAAAGUUUUCAACUUUUGGGGUUAAAUAUUAAAGCAGAAUUUACUAAAAUUCCAUUCAUUUGCGUUAGCAAAUAUUUGUUCAGCAGCAUUUGCCUGUGAAAAUAUACUCUUAUGAGACAUAAUAUUCAUUUUAAAAUGCACGACUAUUUGUACAUUAUGUAUAGAUUUUUUUAAUUUAUAAAUUUCAGUCAUUGCAUGAAUUUUUUUCUGCAGCUUCUUGUGAAUACCUUUGUUUUGUUUAAUAGAAACAAUUUUGUAUAUAUUGAAUACUGAGAUAUCAGUAUAGAUGGUAGAAGUGCUUCAUGGGCUUGCUGCAGAUGUUUGUAGGAUUCUGUCUCUACAAAUAAAAUAACAAAUAAUUUUGUACUUAGUUAAUAGUGUUAGUUAAAACAUGAGUUUAUUUUCUAAAAUAACCAGAAAGAGUAAAGUAAUAGAAAUGAGAAAGUGUUACAUGACAACUUUGCCAUUCAUUCCCAUAACCUUCUGCUGCAGCCCCCAUCCCUUUUGGUUUAGAAGAGGGUAUCAGCCACUAGAAAGCGUGCCUCAUUACAUUUUUCUUUAAUGGGGAUUUAGCUUGAGUAUUUUCAUUAUAACUUGGACCAUAAGAAAUCUAGAAUUUAUCUGCUCUUUUUACCUAUACCUAAACCAAACUUGGGAGAAUUUGAAACUGUUCUUUCAAAAUAUUUAUGUUUUACCGAGUAAAAAAGUAGGGUAUAUAUAAUUAAGCCAUUUGUAGAUUUUACCAACUGGUAUUAGUGCCUGACUUUCCCAUAUUUGUUUCAUCUUUUUAACAGUGAGAGUAUUUCACUUGUUUUCGAAAUAGAGUGAGCGAGUGGUCUUCUCAGUUUCAGACUUACUCAGAACUAACCCUUACUUGAAAAGGCACACAUUCUUCAGCAACUUGAUAGAAAGUUUAAUCCUUGUGUCUUGGUUAGCUUUACAUUCGGAAGGGGGCUGCCACCCAGUCACAGUAAAAGUUGGUUUUUCUUUAAUAAUAAGUCCAUUAUCAGUACGUCGCAAAUAUUUUAGGGCCUAAGUGUGAUAUUUAUACGCUGGGGAUGAUUUCAAAAGAAAUUCUGGGACCACUGAACAGAGGAUUGUAGCUUGAAGAAAUAACUAAUGAAAAAUUGGGAAUUUUUUUAAACAUUUAUAAUUGUGGUUUAAAUUAUCUAUCAUUUAUUUCCCAAAUUGUAUUUGACAGUAAAGAGGCAUAUAUGUUUUUGCGAACAUGUGUAAGAAGGGAUGUGUAUGUGUGUUAAGAGGAGUCAGAAUUAGCUCAUUUCAUGACUUCAUAUCUUAAUAUUUGUGUGAACUAAACUUACUUGCUGGUGGAAUGAAGUUCUUGGGAAGGUGAACAGUAUAGCAGAAAGUGUGACCAAAAUGAAUACCAUUUACUUAAAUCACUGAGUUUGAUGCAAGCACAGAUUUUAAUUUUAAAACAUUGUGGUUUAAUAAGGAUAUAAUUUAAAAUAUUUGAGGGCAAAAACCAGUUUGCUAAGUCGUCAUUCUUGAUAUAAGUAUGUAUGUGAAGCACCUUAUUUUCAAUUUUCUUGCCUUAAAAUUUUCUGCAAGUUUUUUCCUGAGUGAUUCCAGAAGAGCUGAAAGGAUUAAUAUUCCUUGAUCAGCUCCAGUGUGUGUUGUUUCACUAUUAAGUGAAAUCAGUUUUUUUCAAAUAAUUCCUAAUGGUUAAUGAAACAUAGCAAACAUUACUAAGAACACUCAAAUGUGAUUUCUUAUUUUAUGCAUUUAUAAAGAAUCUAGUUGAAUGCAGAGCCAUAGUAUAAUUUUCCAUAUUCCAAAAUGGAUUUCAUAGUGGAUUUAAAUUUCAAUUAUUUCAGUGAGCCCAUUAUGAAAGAUGCUCUGCUAUUUGAACAAGUUUGAAAGGCAUUGUUGAAUAGUGGAGAGCUUUUGCUCAAGUAAUAAUGCAGUAGGAUAAUACAGUCAAAAAUAAGGUUGAAAUGUGAACUUUAAAAGUAUGGUAACCCUGACAUUGCCCAUGAUUCUUUCUUUCUAUGCAGCUUAGUGUAGUAGUCAGGGAUUCUGUUAUAUAUUUAAGAAUCAUAAAAAUAUCAAGGGCUUCCCUGGUGGCACAGUGGUUGAGAGUCCGCCUGCAGAUGCAGGGGACACGGGUUCAUGCCCUGGUCUGGGAAGAUCCCACAUGCCAUGGAGCGGCUGGGCCCGUGAGCCAUGGCCGCUGAGCCUGCGCGUCCAGAGCCUGUGCUCCGCAACUGGAGAGGCCACAACGGUGAGAGGCCCGCGUACCGCAAAAAAAAAAAAAAAUAUCAAGAAAGUUGGGUUAUAUCUUGCCUUAAAUAAAGGUGGCAGGACAAGAAACAAAAGUUUGGAAAAAUGGGAGGAGUAUGUGGAAAACAUAGAAGUAGAGUUUUGUUUUUAAAGGAAUGGGUAAAAAUAAGUGCUGUUUCAAAGGCAGGCUUAGUUGAAAUUUACCAAAAAUAUGAGUUAACAGUGUCACAUUUUUCUCUUAAUGCCAUUCCUUCCAACUUUGACUUUAUAAUCCACUAAGAAAAGCCUAGAUUCCAUCUCAUAUUCUUCAUAAUUGAUUUGCAGGGAGAUAAUUUGAGCUAGGCUUGGAGGCCAUAAAAUAGCAGUUGUUAAUAAUUAUUAGGCUAAGACUUGAGUCAGGGGAGUUAUCUGUUUGCUCAUUAGUUCAGCACAUGUCCAUUUUAUCCUUAAGCCAUUAGAAAGGUCUUGUACGUUGUAUAUAAACAUUAGAGUGAAGUUCUGACUCUUUAUAUAGUACUUCUCAAACUUGCAUGUAUUUGUAAUAAUGCAGAUUCUGAUUCAGUAGGUCUGUGAUGGGGGCCUAAUAGUUCAUUUCUAACAAUUCCCUUGUGAUCCAUACAAAUGCUGAUGUGGACUGCAUUUGUGGUCGUUGGCAUAAGAGGCUUCAAGAUCUAAAUUAAAUUAGGUUUUGGUAUCCCAAGCAGAUUUAAGUCCUUAGAAUUAUUGCCGCAAAAGAUAAAAGCUAGUCUUUUUUAAAAAAACUUUUUCAAAUGUCUGAAUUGAGGAUUCAGAUUGGUCUUGAAGGCUUCAAAUUACAGUUCAAAAAUUUUAAUAAAAUUGUAAAAGGUAGAAUUUUGCCUCAUUUGGAGCCAUUUAAAUAUGGAAGAUAAAUAUUUUAUGUUAUAAAGAACCUUAUUAAGUAGUUUGGACAGUGGAGUCUUACGAGUAUAUGUGGAUUAUGUUCUGAUUUUUUUGUUAAUAUAAAGGUAAACUUUCACAAUAUUAGAGGUGCAUUUAGAAGGCAAGAUUUCAUUUAGAGACUAAGUUAUGGGACUUCAUUAUUUCAUUAAUAAACCUUGAAAACAGACUACCCCUAACUAAGUUUAAUUUGGCAGUAAAGUUAGCAGUGCUGUAAUAAGUCAAUUCUGACAAAUGUGCCUUAUAAUCAUUUUACUGAAGACCUCUGGUGACUGCUGCGACAUUACAUGGUUAAAACUUCCUAUUUUGUUGUAAAAUGGAGUUGAAAGAGUUGAAUAAUCUGAUUUUCCAAAAUGAGUUUUUCUUGGCAUUCUGUUAAGAUGUUAUAUUUCCUCCAUAUUUAAAUACUUUUAUUGUAAGAGCUGCCCUCAUCCAAAGCACUUAAGGAAAUGUUGCCAGAAGUUAAGUAAUGGGUUUUAAAAAUAGAUUAUCAAAACUUACUGAUAGUUCAAUCUGUGAAACAAAUCUGGGCUUCGUGGUUUCUCGUGGCCCAAUAAAUAUGUCUGUUAUAUGCCAGGUUUUGUAUAUUGCUUCUUAAAAGUAUCCAUUGAAAUCUGAGUCAUUUGGAUUUGAAGAUCUAUAGAUACUGAAUAGAGUAGUAGUCUGAUAUAAUUAUGAGUGUCUACUUAGUUCUUGGAAUAGAAUAUUAAACUUUACAAUGUGGUCUUUACUGUUUUUUCUUCAUAUGCCAGUCUUUUCACCAAAGAACAGUUAAAACCAAGUGCCGAACUGUAAAUGCUUACUCCCCUGAAAUACACCAUUAGAAUAAAAGAUAGCCUCUCUCUUUACAUGUGAGUAUAAAAUUAAAGACAGUAUUUUAAAUUGAUGUCACAUGGAAGAAAAAAACCUACAUAGCUUUUGGUCUUCUACUUGUAGUAGAGGGAACAAUAUCUUUACACUACAGUGUACCAUUUUGUAACUGGAUGAAACUAAGCUUAUCAGAUGGCAGACUUAUAUGCUGAUAGAGAUUGAUGCACUGAUAAAUGAUAAAAUGAAGAGAAAGGGAGAGACAAAUUGAUCUGAAAUAGUAAUAAAGCAAUUAGGUCAUUAAGUAUAGAGACAAACAGUUCUGUGUAUUUUGAAAAUAACUGGCAGCCAGUGGUCCCUGAGUUAUCCUAUACAUAAUACAGUACCAUAAUUAAUGUUCAUAAAGCCCUUGAAUAAUUAUUUAGAAAUACAUUAUUAUUUAAUACUCUGACCCGCCAUCAGUAAAUAAUUUCCAGCAAAAGACAGUGUCGUUACUUCUUAGGUGGAUAAGCUGCAUAUAACUAGAAAGCUCACUUUCAAAAUAAAACGUCAUGGAACCGAAAAUGGAAUGUAUAAUAGCUGUUUUGAUACUUAGUUGAAUAGUUAACAGGGGUCUGAGGAAUUUUUUAUUUUUAUGGAAUGGAAAUUUUCUAAUAGAAAAAUGGAAUUAAUCGAUUUUGAGUGUAGGAAACGAAAGACGGCAGUUUUGCCUAGUAAGUUUAAAGAGAAGAGGUUGACAAACUACAACCUGCCACCUUUUUUACAUCUAAUGAGCUGAGUGGUUUUUACGUUUUCUAAAUGGUUGAAAAAAUCAAAAGAAUAGUAUUUUGUGGCACAUGAAAAUAUAUAAAGUUAAAAUUGUAUUGUUUGUAAAUAAGGUUUUAUUGGGACACGGUCAUGCUUAUUUACGUAUUUGGCUGCUUUCCAGCUACAGUGGUAGAAUUGAGUAGUCUGAAGGACUGUGGUGGCUUAUAAUAUCAAACAUACUACUAUCUGACACUUUACAUAAAGUGUGCCAGUCCUUGACAUAAGGGAUAGAUUUGUUCAUAAAUGGCAGUUUGGCUACUUCUGGCUGGCAGGAUAGGAAUAUUGAUUUAAUUUCUAUUGCCAUUAUUUAGAUUUUAUUUUAUAAAAUGGGUUCCCCUGGUUCCAUUUAUAUCUUACCAUCGCUCAAAUACACAUAUCCUAGGAGAUACUAGUAUUUUUUACAUACACCUUUUUCUCCCAAACUCUUAAAACAUUGUUCUGUGUUUGCCAUGGAUAUUAAGGGACCUGAUGUGUGAAGGAAAGGCAUCUGGCACUAAUUGGUUAAAUCACACCUGUAAAACAAUUGGGCCUUUGGGGAGUUUGCUUUCUGUGUUGUUGAGUAAUGGAUUGAUUUCAAAAUAAACACUACCUCCUGUGGAUAGACUUGACUAAUGUGCACUUAGAAAAGGACUGAGAGAAGCCAAAUCAGUCAUUUAUUAGCCCUGUAAUAUUUUUGUUUUCAUCACUUGAUAAACUCUAAGAGAGCUUAGUUUUACAUUCAGAAAGUAUUUAUAUUUGAUAAGUCAAAUGAUUUAAGUUGAAACUUCACAGAAGUACCUGUUCCUCAAUUGACUGUACUAGUAGAUGGGAAAUAAGGGUGCAGUCAGUUUUGUUUGUGUAAUGCUUUAUACAACGUUUGAAGCAGGUAGACCUAUACUAAAAUUGUAUUUUCAGGUUCAUUAUGACUGAGUGGAGGGAGGGAGAAUCUGUGUCCGAUCCACAGUAAAACUUUCAUAAUCUGUUGAGAGUUGACUGUUAUCACUUGCCAAUUGAAACUGGACAUUGAAACAUUUUUAAAGAAAUGCACUUUAAUCUGAAAUAAAACUAAAAAAAAAAUUCUGGUACUUGUUCUUUGGUUUUUGUUUUUUUAAUUUUUGUGUUUCAGUGAGGCCUCCUGAAAUGAAUGAGAAUAACAUCCAGAUACCAACCUAAAAGUGAGCAUUGUAUUCCUCCACGAGCACAUGAACCAUUCAUAUUCUUCCCCUCUUUUAUGGCCUAUUUUUAACUGUAGAGGAUCUAUUUUAUUCAUAGUCUUAUGGGUUCCACACACUUCUAAAUCCACACUUAAAAAAAAAAUUGAAGUAUAGUUGAUUUACAAUAUUGUGCUAAUUUCAGGUAUACAGCAAAGUGGUUCAGUUAUAUAUAUGUUAUUCAGGUUAUUUCCAUUAUAGGCUAUUGCAAGAUAUUGAAUAUU